GAGGUCUAAAUGUCUGAGCUGGUCGAGGGAGUUACACACGUUUGGAGCACAACAAACGCGAAUAUUUGAAUGUCUACGGGAGGGAUACCCGGCGCACAUUCAUUACAAAAGUGCCAAUGUCAUCAAAAGGUCAGGAAAGUUACACUUAUGAAUUCUGUGACAUCACUCACCCGACGGAACUCCUGGACACGCUCCGGGAAUUCUACACCUGCGGACUUUUCACCGACAUAGCGCUCACGUGCGCCUCCGGUCAAGUCUACCGCUGUCACAAAGCCGUCCUGUCCGCGCGCAGCUCUUACUUCCGAGUCAUGUUCACGCUCGACAUGCAGGAACGCUCGAACGACCUCAUCAACCUGCCCGGUGUAGACGCGGACAUCCUCGACGCUCUCAUCACCUACGUGUACACGUCCAGAGUCACCAUAACCCAAAGCAACGUGCAGAGCCUCCUGGAGGCGGCAGACUUGCUGCAGUUCUGCGAGGUCAAGCGGGCCUGCGAGGAGUUCCUCAUCCGGCUGCUGGACGUGGACAACUGCCUGGGCAUGCACUCCUUCGCGGAGCUGCACGUGUGCGCGGCGCUGGAGAGGGAGGCGCGCAGGGUGAUGCUCGGCCGCUUCGACGAGCUCAUCCAGCAGGACGAGUUCCUGGAGGCCGACCAGACGAAGCUCGCCGGCGUCCUGGCCGCCGAGAACCUCAACGCCUGGCGGGAGGAGCUGCUGCUGGAGGCCGUGGUCCGCUGGGUCGCCCACGACCCGCGCUCUCGCCUGGACCGCACCCAAGAACUGCUCCGCUGCGUUCACCUGGAGCUGGACGAGGCGCGCUUCAGGGGCGGCAGCGGAGGCGGCGGAGGCUGCUCACUGGACGCGGGCCACAGGGCCGCGGAGCUGGGCAGCGAGGAGAAACUCCGAGCCCUGAUCCUCCACUCCCUCAAAGCCAGCAGCAAGGGGUUCGCCCUGGGCUGCAAGAAGCUCGCCUCCAGCAUGUACAUCGUAGGCGGCUACUACUGGCACCCGCUCUUCGAGGUCCACAUAUGGGACCCCAUCUCUGACGCGUGGGUACAGGGCAAGGAUAUGCCCGACUACGGCAGAGAGAGCUACAGCAUCUCGCUGCUGGGCCCAAACAUCUACGUGACCGGGGGCUACAGGACGGAGACCAUUGAGGCCCUGGACACGGUGUGGGUCUACAACGCGGACAGAGACGAGUGGACAGAGGGCUGCCCCAUGAUCACGGCCAGAUAUUACCACUGCUCGGUGGCGGUGCGGGGGUGCAUAUAUGCCGUGGGGGGGUACAGGGGUGGGGCCCCUGCAAGGGAGGCCGAGUUUUACGAUCCACUGAAAAAGGAAUGGUUCCCAGUGGCAGACAUGAUUCAAGGAGUUGGAAAUGCCACAGCCUGUGUUUUGAAUGACCGGAUCUAUGUGACCGGUGGUCACUAUGGCUACAGAGGAACUUGCACAUAUGAAAAAAUUCAGAUGUACAGACCAGACACCAAUGAGUGGAGCAUUGCAACCAUUUGUCCUCAUCCAGAGUACGGCCUGUGCUCGGUGUCCCUGGACAACAAGCUGUACCUGGUGGGAGGCCAGACGACCAUCACCGACUGCUACGACCCCGAGCGGGACGAAUGGCGACAGAUGUCCGUGAUGAAGGAGAGGAGGAUGGAGUGUGGCGCCGCCAUCAUCAACGGCUGCAUCUACGUGACGGGGGGCUACUCGUACUCCAAGGGCACGUACCUGCAGAGCGUGGAGAAGUACGACCCCGAGCUGGACACCUGGGAGAUCGUGGGCAACCUGCCCACUGCCACCCGGUCUCACGGCUGUGUCUGUUUCUAUGGCGUUUAACACCGGAUUGGGCUUGUCAGUGUUACCUUGUGGGGUGCUCAAUGUUUCUGGUAAAAGUUAACUUUAGGUUAAAGAGGACAUAGAAUGGAUGAAUUGAGUAUUGUA